UUGAAUUUAUGGCGGUUUUUUUUUCAGCUUUAUAAAACUCGUGUUGAUUUGGCUCUCAAUGAUGUUUUCCGAUGCAGUGAAGCACUGUGGCGGAAAAAAGCACCAGUGGAUGAACGAUUUCUUGAAGCCGAAGCAGGCGUACUCUUGAGCGGGAAAGGUUUUUCGCUGAGCGCAGUGCCUCAGAUUGAGGAUACCGGUGUACAAACUGAAACAGAAGCAGAGGUGGUAUUGCCAUCAACGGAUUGCCAGCAGAUGCUCAAUGAACUGGCAGCAGAAACAGAGAAACGAACGCGUCUGGAAGCGGAAAGGGCCUUUUUGAAUCAGCGUAUCGUGGAUCAGACAUAUUUCAAUGCUAAGCCAGCAAUAGAUGUUGGUGGAACACCUACUUUCACUCAGCUUAGUGGCGGAAGUUCGCUUUCGAGUACCAUGGUUUUGUCUUCUGAUAGCCUGGAAUUGGCCUUCGCCAAUGCAGUUUCCGAUUAUAUAAAGCACAAAAAUACGAAAAAGUUAGCGGCGGACUUCAAGGAAGCAUCAUUGCGAUCGCGUGAUACCAAAAUUCACUCACUGUGGGAGCAAGUGCUUGCUCCUCUACGCAACAUCCCAGCAUCGACAUGCACAUCCGUCGAGCAGUUUCGCUCGUCAGUCCCCUGGAUGAAGCAUGUCGUCGAUUCCACGUUGGAAUUCAUGCACAAAAAACACUACGCAAAUGAGGAUGGCGUUUACGGUAUAAACAAUCAUCCAGUAUGGGAAGUUGUGUAUCAUUGCCUGAGAGCCGGAGAGUUGGAAUCAGUGGCACAAAUAGCCAACUCACAUCUACAGAAUUUACCGACAUGUGCUGCUGUAACAGUCGCUUUAAUUGAACUUGAAAAUACCAAAAAGCUUUCUGCGGAGAUGAGGAUGAAAGUAAAGGCGGAAUGGAGUUGUGAAUUGCGCUCUUGCACUGAUGUUUACAAAAAGGCUGUCUAUUGUGCAUUACUGGGUGGCGACGUAUCCGAAGUUUGCGAAAAUCUAGAAAAUUGGCUUUGGCUUAAGCUCUAUCCAUGCAGUGUCGAUCCCUCACUUUCACCUGGCGUUUUUCACGAGCUUCAGCGUCUUAUUACUCUCGAUUACGGCGAAAGUUAUUUUGUUGGCAGUGAUGGGAAUUUUCUGCUUUAUUUUCAAGCGCUGUGGCUCACAGGGCAGUACGAACGAGCGAUCAGUGUACUCUGCAAACAUGAGAAGUUGCUCCACGCGGUACACAUGGCGCUGUUGUUGAAUGUCAAUCAAAAACUAAUACUUACCAGCGACAUCACUCAUCCACUGCGUUAG